AUGGAUAACAUUCAAGCAUCUGGGGCCACUGAGCAACAUCCUCCUCCAAUCAUCAAGCCCAAAAGCAUUGACUUUGCGAAAAUCCAGCACAUAUUUCCUCCUGGUACUCUAGUCUUCAGCAGAAAAGAUAAUGCGGAAAUCGUCUCUCGAGUACUCAGGUGCCAGAAGAAGGGCAGAAGAAAUACAGAUCCGAAGUGGAAGAUCGACGUAGAGCAUGUGGAUUGGAACGGAGAGGAAUGUGGUUAUCGAGAAUAUUCGUUCACGAUCGAUAAAUUUGAUGGCGACUGUCGAGUCACUGAGUUGAAUGUGUUUCCGAUUUCAUAUUUAGCAGAUGAAGCUAAAGUUAGAGCAGCUCUUAUCGAGAGGGGUCGUAAGUUUGAGCAACUCAGAGGCUAUAGGUUUAGGGCUUGUCGCAGAGAAUGCAGCAUACCUGACAGAUAUGGAAGAUGGUACAUGACACCGGCAGGGUCAAAGAUGUGUGUCGACUCAUUUGCGUACUAUAAGCAGAGCGCCAACUUCAUUCCCAAGAUACGGCCACUUGAGGACAAUGGCAAACAUCCAGUAAAAGCUAGUGUUGAUGAAUCAGAAACCGCGUCUGAAUCCGUACCAGCUCCCUCGGUCAAAAAAAAAAGAAUGGAGUGUCUACAACCGUUGACUGACGAGCAGCGGCUCAUGGUAAAUCCUUGGCUUAAGUGCUUCGAUAUUCAGAUAGAAACAUGGUGCAGAGUCUUGGUCGACGAUCUAGAGGAGGUAAACUCGAGUAACCUGGCUUUUGAGAAGCUCCACCUACCAGAUAACGAGAAGAAUAUGAUAUUGAAUCUCGUCAAAGGAAAGCUCCUCUCUAGUAAUCUGGGGAGCAACGACCCCGUCCGGAACCAGGGCCACGGUAUUACAUGCCUCAUGCUUGGGCCAUCAGGAGUCGGUAAAGCCUUCACGGCCAAGGCAAUUGCUGAUAAAUUAGGACUUCCUCUAUAUUCCUUCGCUGUGAGUGAUUUCAAGUACGAGUUUGAUACGAUAGUGGAUCUGAGGCGAGCUAUGGAGCUCUGCGACUCAUGGGGCGGCAUUCUCCUCCUAAAGGGUGCGGAUUGUCUUGUGGCUGCCCGGAAAGAUAAGUACUGCGAAGACGACGAUGGCUUUGUCAUUAGCUCCUUUGAGCUAAUUAAAGAUCGCAAUUAUACGGGCAUAUUAUUCCUCACUGCUAACGAAACUAUCGACAUUGAUCCGGACCUCAUACCGCAUAUUAAUCAUUUUUUGCCCUUCAGUCCCCUCGGCAUACAGACACGCCGUCAAAUUUGGCGGGACUCAAUCGAGCACAUCGGGAAGGACAAUUUCAUAUGUGGUACCGAAGACAUGGAGGAGGUGCUCAACGAGCUAUCGGAAUUCAAUCUCAACGGACACGAAAUCCAUCAUCUUGUCAAUUGUGCGCGGAUAAUCACACUUGGAAGUGAAGACAGCGACAAUAAAGUAUCUAAGGAUACUUUAUGUAUUCUUGCACGUAAUCGCAUUCGGUCCCUAAGACCCUAG